AUGAGAGCCACCGGCUUAAGAAUUUCUUUAGUUAUUGUAGCUUACGUUCUAAUUAGUUUGGUUUCAAGUGAGGAUACUGCCAAGCCUUAUGAAAAGAAGUCGAAAUCUGUUACCACGUUUGUCAGUGCAAAAUGGGAAGCUACACCUAUUGCACUGGAACUUGCCGAAUACCUCGCUGGCGAAAGCACGGAUUUAUUUUGGUCUUUCUUUGAUGGAAUAAAUUCGUUAAAAUCUAGUCUUGAUUCUCUUGAGACUGAUAAACAAGUGUAUGAUGCCUGUAUUGGAGUUGCUAGCACUUUGUUGGCCCCUGCACAGCUGCGGAUGGCUAAACUGGCUCUUUCCAUGCAUCUCACAUCCCCUACAGUUCGAAUGUUUGAUCAAAUUGCUACACAAACCGGAGCUAAGGAUGUUACAUGUGAUGCAUUUGUAUCAAUAGCUUCAAGGAAAAUUUGUGACAAUGAUGCUCUAAGAGAUAUUCUGAAGUCAUACAACCAGUAUGAUGUGGAAGAACACAAGCAAGAGACCUAUUUACUGGACCAUUCAUAUCCUAGUAGUGACAACAAAAGUCUAACUGCCAUCUUGUAUGGAGAGCUAGGAAUGAAAGAUUUUACAACAAAACAUAAAAUACUGUCCACAUAUGCAGAUUCUGGAGCUAUCAACUAUGUUGUGAGAUGGAAUGUUAAGCCGCGGGGUAAGCCUAAGUUACGUCUAUCAGGUUAUGGUGUUGAGUUGCAACUGAAGAGUACUGAGUACAAAAGUCAGGAUGAUUCAACACCCAAGGAGUCUGAAGAUGGAGACUCAGGUACUCCACCCUCUGAGGAAGAAGAUGAGAAUGACCCUCAGAAUCAAAUUGAUGGAUUUAAUUUUGGACGACUCAAGAAUUUGUUCCCCGGUUUACGUUCGCCACUGGAGCGGUUCCGUCGUCACUUGUCCGAAUCUAAUGAGGAGCUGGCUCCUUUGAAAGUAUGGCAGAUGCAAGCAUUGAGUAUGCAAGCUGCAGUGGCCGUUGUGGAUGCCAAUGACGCGGGAGGUGACGAGUCGCUCAAAGUGUUGACUUCUAUUGCACAAAACUUCCCCAUGCAGACUAAAUCAUUAAUACACGUAAAUGUCCCUCGUGCUUUCCGUGAAGAAGUAUUGUACAACCAAGACAUAUGGGCGUCAUCCCUGGGGCUCCGGCCAGCGGAACCUCUGUUGCUCGUGUCUGGGGCUCAGUACGACGCUGAGGAGGUCGACGUGAUGGCUCUCUUAGCCGCUCUCAAGGAAGAUAUUGGACCUAUGAAUACUUUACAUGCUCUUGGUUUGUCUAAAAAGUUGAUCAACAAAUUGAUGUCACUGGAAUUGGCUGAGGCUUAUACAUGGGAGGAGUACGGUCUGGACAUCCGCGACACUUCGAUCACGUGGCUCAAUGAUUUGGAGACUGACGAACGGUACCGUCGCUGGCCCUCGUCUUACAUGGAGUUACUUAGACCCACCUACCCCGGUAUGCUGAGGAAUUUGAGAAGAAAUAUUUACAAUUAUGUAAUUGUGGUAGACCCAACUUCUCUAGCCUCUGGACCGCCUCUGAAGUUGGGUGAGACGUUACUGAAACACGCGACUCCGGUACGCGUGGGCCUCGUGUUGGCACCUAGUACCGACAACCCAGAACUAGAGGCCGCCGUCAGAUCCGCAUUCAACUACGUUGCGCAAGAGAGAAACUCCAAUAAGGAAGCUUAUUAUUUCCUUACACAGCUGUUACAUCCCCCUCAAGAAGAAAAGUUGUCUAUAGAGUUCGUAAAGAAGCAGCUGAACAAAUACACUAAUUUUAACACGAAUAUUAACGACAUCCUCUCAGAAGAUUCAGAGUACAACUUCGGAAGACAACUUUCAGAUGAGUUUGUAUCGAAAAUCGGCACCAACAAAUAUCCUCAGGUGUUAGUAAACGGCGUACCUCUAGUUGAGGAAGGGAACUCUCCCGUGACGACAUCAGUGGAGUUGUUGGAGGAAGCGUUGGUGACAGCCCUGUCUCGACACACGGGCCGGCUGCAGCGCGCCGUCUUCCGCGGGGAACUCUCAGACUCUGAUGAUGCAAUCAACUACCUUAUGAAGCAACCUCAUAUCAUGCCUAGAUUGAACCGUCGUAUUUUAGCCUCUGAACCGUCUCAGUACUUGGAUCUGUCGGGAGUAGCCGCCUCCAACGAUUUGUUCACAGAGGAUAAAAUACACAAACUUCUGCACUUAACAGGACGGGAUGCCAUAGCGACAGCAUUACCAAUUUUGAAAUAUUUCACAAAAUCUAUAAAGCCUGAGAAAGUAUCGCAAACUAUAUGGGUAGCUGGUGACCUCAACAACAAGGAGUCUAGGGAACUGCUGAAGAAUGCUUUGUUAUUCAUGAAAGAAUCCCGUGGUGUGCGUGUGGCGUUCAUUCCCAACGUGGACGGUACUUCUAGCGUAGACCAAUCACUGAACAAAGUAGCACUGGCCGCGUUAACCACGCUGGAGCCAGCUGAGGCCACAAAGUACAUGUCGAAACUGUUAGAAGAUGAAGGAUGUCAUGAAACACAGACUUGUGAUAUCUUGCCUGAGAUAGUCCCGGCACUGAACAAAUACGAGUGGGUACUGAAAGCGUCGCGAGUGCUGUGCGCGCGCAGUCUGAAGUUGAGAGCGAGUCAACGCGCGCUCGUGUACAACGCGCGGCUCAUCGGGCCGCUGCAUCUACACGAACAAUUCACGCUCGACGACUUUACACUGCUCGAGAGGUACAGCAACCAAAUGUACGCCGAUAAGUUAUCCGAAGUAUUGGACAGUAAGAAAAAAGUUAAAGAUUUAGACAAGAUAUUUGAAGAUGAUGAUGAUGACUUCGACGUGAGCUCGCUGUCGUCGGACGAGCGCCUGAAGGUGGUGUGCGUGGUGGCGGCGCGCAGCCCGCGCGUGCGCACGGCGGCGCCGGCCGGCCUGCGCGGGGACCACUCGCUCGUCGACCUGCCGCCGCUGCGCCAGCACGAGGCCGCCGUCGAGAUAGUAGCGGUAUUGGACCCGGCAUCGACUGCGGCCCAACGCCUAGCACCGCUUUUGUUGGUACUACGUCGUGUCGUCAACUGCCGCAUCAAGUUGUUCGUCAAUCCACAGGACAAGAACUCCGACAUGCCUUUAAAGAGUUUCUACCGCUACGUUUUGGAGCCAGAGCUUCAGUUUACUUCGUCGGGUGCGCUGUCCGGCGGUGCCCUGGCGCGGUUCGCCCGGCUGCCUCACGCGCCGCUACUGUCCAUGGAACUCCGCACCCCGCCCAACUGGCUCGUCGAGUGUGUCAAGUCCGUCUACGACCUCGAUAACAUACGACUGGCUGACGUCGAUACUGUCGUGCACAGUGAAUUUGAAUUGGAGUACCUUCUCCUGGAAGGUCACGCGUGGGAUACAGCUCUGGGCACACCGCCACGAGGGCUGCAACUAGUGUUGGGAACUCGAGAUAAACCAGAACUCAUGGACACCAUCGUAAUGGCUAACCUCGGCUACUUCCAGCUCAAAGCCAACCCUGGCGCCUGGAUCCUGAGACUACGACCGGGACGCUCUGACGAUAUCUAUGAGAUUGUUGGACAUGAGAACACCGACACUCCGGCGGACAGCGAAGAUAUCCAAGUGCUGAUGAGUUCGUUCCGUAGUCACGUGAUCAAACUGAGAGUCAGCAAGAAACCCGACAAACAACACCUCGACCUCCUCGUCGAAAACGAUGACAAGAACUCUGGCGGCAUCUGGAACUCUAUUGCUAGUUCGUUCGGUGGCGGCGAGGAACAAGAAGCCCAAGAUGAGACGAUAAACGUGUUCUCAGUAGCGUCAGGACAUUUAUACGAGCGGUUUAUACGAAUCAUGAUGUUAUCUGUACUCAAACACACUAAAUCGCCUGUCAAAUUCUGGUUCCUGAAGAAUUAUCUCAGUCCUUCACUCAAGGACAUCCUGCCAUACAUGGCGCAAGAGUACGGGUUCGAAUACGAGCUGGUGCAGUAUCAGUGGCCGCGCUGGCUACAGCGACAGCGCGACCGACAGCGCACUAUCUGGGGAUACAAGAUCCUCUUCCUCGACGUCCUGUUCCCGUUGCAUGUCAAGAAGAUCAUCUUCGUUGAUGCCGAUCAGAUUGUUCGUGCGGAUCUAAAAGAGUUGGUAGAAUUGGACUUGGGUGGAGCACCAUACGGAUACACCCCAUUCUGUGACAGCAGGAAGGAGAUGGAAGGUUUUAGAUUCUGGAAGCAAGGAUACUGGCGUAACCACUUACAAGGGCGCAGCUACCACAUCAGUGCGCUGUACGUGGUGGACCUGAAGCGGUUCCGACGCAUCGCCGCCGGGGACAGGCUGCGUGGCCAGUAUCAGGCACUCAGCCAGGACCCCAACAGCUUGUCCAACUUAGAUCAAGAUUUGCCGAACAAUAUGAUUCACCAAGUAGCAAUUAAGUCUUUGCCUCAAGAGUGGUUGUGGUGUGAGACGUGGUGUGACAAUGACUCGAAGGCGUACGCCAAGACCAUCGAUUUGUGUAAUAACCCGAUGACGAAAGAAGCGAAGUUGUCGGCUGCAAUGCGUAUAGUGCCAGAGUGGAGCGAGUACGAUGACGAGAUUAAGGGGCUGCAGGCGCGCGUCCGGCGCGGACUAUACCAGGCCGCAGACCAUGAUCAGGAGAUCGAGAGUACAGAUCACCAAGAGCCUGUAGUAGAGAGUCCUUCGAAACACGAGGAGCAUUCGGAGUUAUGA